AGCCAAUGCACUAGAUUUGUUAAUUCAAUCAAUCAACAUAUAUGUUUGAAUAUAUAUUUGUAUUUAUAGAUAUAUAUGUAUCUUGGUGACAUGUGGAAUUCAGGUGAUGCUGGAUAGGACGCUGAAUCAGGACGGUAUGAGAGGUCAAGGCCAAGGUAUACGAGACAACACGCUGACCCCAAACAGACUCAGACCUAUGUUUGAGUCCCGCAGUGCUCGUCCAAUCAAGGGCAAAAGAAGUGGUUUUCCUUCACUCCAAGCUCACAUGACCUACCUGCACUUAGUCCAUACCAUUCAUAUUCUACCUCAGAAGAGCUCAGUCAGUGCACCGUCAUUGAUUUCCCAGCAUUCCUUCCUGUCGGUAUCUUUACUGUGCGAUGUGCACCUACCCAAUAUUUGGUCCUUACAGCUGAGUUAUGAUGGACCAAUCACACCGAGUGAUGACUCAGCACUCCUAUUACACAGACUAGGACUGGAUUGUGGGAUUUCAAGCCAUGGAUUACAUUGUACUGAUACACAGGGGAAGGUUGUCAUCUUAAGAAUUCCAACACAAAAACCCAAAGCCAAACGUUCACAAAAGCAAUAG